AUGUCUACAUUCUCUUACGGCACAUACCGAUACGGCGAAUCCGAUCAUAGCGAUGGAACGUUAGUAGACACAAUGCCUUCUCACAAGAAAAGCUGGGUGGAGGCCUGUACCAUGCAUGGCAUAUCUAUCUCAGCCGAUCAGUUCUACGGCUACGCUGGCAUGGGCACAGCCGAUAUUGUAAGCGAACUCGCGGAACAACAAG